AAGUUUCAUCCUGUUUAUUCUAAACAAUUAAGAAACAGUUUCUAAAGUCAGGAAUCAAACCUGAGGUCUUUCAUAUGCAGGCCAUGGAUUAUGCACUCUAAAGCUCUGGGGUUUUCUGUGUUGAGUUUCAUUUUAAUAUACAGUUCAAGGGCAGCUCAUCCCCAGUAUUUUUUUAUUAUUAUUAUUUAAGGAAAAAAAAAUCACAGUCAUUUUACCCACACUGCUACUUUUCAGAAUGAGAAUCUGCUGCCUUCACAGUCUGAGCAGACUGCUGAAAAAACACACUGUUCCCAGAGGUGACAUCACAUGAGCUGAAAACCUUUGCUUUACAGAUCUUUUUGUUUCAGGUUAAAUCUUACCACUAAUUAUUUUUGCAUGGAAAAAUAUGUUAGUUCCAGAGGAAGGCACAGAUCCUAAAGCUCUCCACAGAAAGAGUGGGCUCCUGAUGUCUAGUCAGUGCCAGUAGCCCUGAAACCAUGAAGUCCAAGUGUAGUUUCCAUCAGCUGGAAUCAUAUUUGUACCUGGAAUGACACCUGUAUGUAAUAUAUCCCAGGGGAGACAGAGACUGCAGCACUGCGAGGCUCAGCCAAGAGGCUGCUAAAAAAACAAACACAAACCAACUAAACACAACAGUUGGUGCAGGAGAAGAGCCUUCAAGGAUGAGGCAAGACACAGCCCUCCCAGCAGGCUGCAGGUGCUGCUGGCUCCACUGGACUCAGAGAUGCAAUGGCACAGCAGCGUCCAAAAUCUGUCAUCACGGGUGAUGAAACGUGUUUGCAACACUGAACCCUGAUUUCAAUGAAAGUCUGAAGAGGGAAGGCAUGGAGGCACAAUAAAGCAGCAAACUGAGCAGCUCUGAAGGUGGUUACCAAGAAGGGCUGUUGCUUGGGGACUCACAGGUAACACAGGUCUGCCCCUAAUCAGGGAACAGGGAGAGACAAAACAAGUUUUUGUCUUCUAAACUUACCCUGAUCCAUCCAGUGGUGGUUCUGCUGUGAUGGGCACGGCCUCAAAACACAGCCCUGUGUAGCUGUGAAUAUGAAAAACUGCUUGUGCAAGUCUCUCUCAUGACUAAUUGCUACUGUCUGUUUAAUUGUGUGGUUGGGUUGCCACAUGUUUUCAUCUUCCUAUUGGCAUUUUUAAGAGCUGGAUUAUGAGCUGUGAAGGGAACUGCUAAUCCCAUGCCUUUACCUUCAGGAAUCCAAAAGCCUGAAAAAGGGGAGGGAGCCCACAGCUGGUUCCUCCCUGGGCUCCUACCAGCACAGAGAUGGAACUCCUCCUGGCCAUUUUUCUCUCUGCUUUGACUGUUUUUGUGGCAAUAGCAUUCUAUUAUGGACAUGACAAGGCAGAAGUGCCUCAUGAAUUCAGUGAGCGAAGAAAGCUUUAUGUUCUUCACUACUUGCUGAACUUUGCGUUUGGUAUGGCAACAUUUCUGGACAAAGUAGGUAUCGUCUCAGAGGUUCAUUUCCUCAGGGCUACAAUGGAGAAUAUACCACCACUGAAAGACAAACAUCUUCUUAUCAAGGACUUAAGAUUUGAAAGGGUUAAAGUAAGAAUUUACCAGUCCAAAACAUCAAACACUAGCCAAAGAAGAGGAGUCCUUUAUUUCCAUGGAGGAGUUGGAUGGUUGGGAAGCAUCCGGGCCUACGAAAGGACGUGCCGCUAUUUGGCCAGGAAGAGCAAUUCAGUGGUGGUGUCUGUGGGGUAUCGUUUGGCUCCCGAGCACCCCUUCCCAGCCCAGUUUGAGGACUGUGUCACUGCCACCAUCCACUUCCUGAGGACUGCCCAGGACCACGGCGUCGACCCUUCCCGUGUCGUCGUCUGCGGGGACAGCAGUGGGGGGACCCUCGCUGCUGCUGUCGCCCAGGCCCUGGUGAACAGAAGGGAUGUCCCAAAGCUGAGAGCACAAAUCCUGAUCUAUCCUUUUCUCCAGUGUGUGGACUUUAAUUUGCCUUCUUAUCAGCAGAACGAGAGAAUCCCCAUUUUGUUAAAGGAACGAACUUUGGUUCUGGGCUUGAAGUACAUGAAUAAAGACUUGUCUGUCCUCCCAGAACUAUUUAAAGGUCGCCACGUUCCAGAAGAUCUGAGGCCGAAGUAUCAGAAAUGGGUGAGUCCUGACUACAUCCCUCAGGAGUUUAAAACAAGAGGUUACAAACCAAGCCCAACAUAUCCAUCCUCAGAAGAAAUCUAUGCACAUACCAAGGCUAUUUUUGACCCUGUUUUUUCACCACUGUUGGCUGAAGACAGUGUUGUUGCUCAGGUCCCUGAGACUUUCCUGCUGACCUGUGAAUUUGAUGUGCUCAGAGAUGAUGGACUGCUGUACAAGAAACGAUUAGAGGAUCAUGGGAUAAAAGUGACCUGGUGCCACCUGCAAGAGGGAUUCCAUGGGACAGUGUUCUCAGCAACUUUGGGUGGGGGAGCAGCAUUCAAAUCUGGAAUUAAAGGCCUGGAUAAGGUAGUAAAUUUUUUAAGAUUGAUGUAAAAUUCAAUUUCUUACUUUCCUUUCCUGAGUCCUAUCUUAUUGCUUACAAAGAUUUUUUUUUAAAAAAUCAAUUUUCCUUAAGUCAUCACCUUAGAUUUCUGCAUUGCAUCUGUUCUUCUUUUUAUCUGAUAAGCUGAUUUCACGAUGGCUUUUGCUUAAUUUUCUUCCAGGAGAGGCAAAAUCAGGUGGACUUACAUUUCCUUCCUCUACCAACUCUUCAGUUUUCUCUUGUAGCCAUUAAAGAUCCAGUCCACAUAGCAAGGGGUUUGCAGUGCAGUUUGGUUUAAUGAAGUUCUGGUGAUAUUAAAACUCAAACCACGUUUGAGGACAACCUGGGGCAGGUAACAGGGCAUGAAAUCUGCAGGGGCAGUGUAUAAUGAGCACAGGCAAUGGUUUAGGAAAGCCUGGUGGGAGCUGAAUUUGAAACCAGCUUAAAGAGUUCUCUGUUCUGAAUACAGGAGGAAAAAUGUGAACAUGGACAUAAGUGAAAGGAGGGGAAGGAAAGGAAAGGAAAGGAGGAGACAAAAAGGGUUAGGCCUGGAAUUACAGAUGUUAUAAGAAGUAUUGGUUAAGGAAAACAACACCUACUAAAAAAACCAUGCAUAUAUAUUUUAUAUAGAGAUAAAAGUAUGUGGGAAUAUAAAGCAAUAUCAGUUCCUUUACAAAGAGCUUGUAUUGUUUAGGCCUGCAGUGCCUGGUGCAGGAAGGACUUUUCCAUAAAGGGACACUGUAAAGUGCCAUCGCAGAGGAAGGACGAUGAAGGAGAAAGGAAAAAGAACCAAAUCAAAGUUCAUGUCAGUCUUAAGCUGUUUACAACAAGAGAUGCAUGAUAAGUAAAACUAUACAAAAUAAAAUGGCAUAGCAAGGGUGUAAGGUAUUUUCUUAGAAAUGUACUCAACAUUGUCAAUAAAUGUCAGUAAAUGUUUUAAUGACACUGUGCUGAGGUGAAUUUAUAACUGUAGAAGAGUGUGAUUAUUUCAGUUUCUAUUAUGGUCUUAUAUCCUGAAUUAUAAUAAUUUAUCAUGUCACUAGACUCUGUGGUCCUAAAUUCUUCACUGAGUUAUACUUGGAGGCAUGAAGCAGGGUGAGGAUGCAAUUUUACUUACAGUCAAAACUUCUGGCUGUCUUUGCUUAAAUGAACACCUGGAACACUCCCCACACUAAAAUUACUUGUCAGGGAAAUUUCCAGUUCUGUCAUUUACAAAUAACAUUCUCUGUACUUGAUAUUAUUGUAUGUAUUUCCUGCCCCCCACUGGCUUAUUUAAACCACGACCAAAAGCCAAGUGCUGCAGACAGUUGUGUGAGGAAGGUGUUCUGACACAGGA